AUGCUUAGUAGACAAGCAUGGAUAGGUAGUCAUAGAAUCAAUGCAGCUGUAUGGAGUGGUGAUAUUGAUUCGUCAUGGGAAGAAUUAUUAAAACAGAUAAAAGUAGCGCAAAAUGUUGCUUUAUCUGGUAUAUAUUGGUGGACAACUGAUAUCGGAGGUUAUCGUUAUGCUGAUUUAGAUGAUAAUCAAUUUCAAGAAUUAAUAUUACGAUGGUUUCAAUUUGGAGCAUUUUGUCCAUUAUUUCGUUUACAUGGUGAACGUUAUCCACCAUUUCCAAACAAUGAAUGUGGUUUUUCUGGUGGACAUAAUGAAGUCUGGUUAUUUAAAUAUAGUGAACAAAUUAUUAAUAUAAUUCGAUUACGAGAAUCUUUACGUAAUUAUAUUGAAUAUCAUUUAAAUAUUUCUAAUCAAAAUGGAACACCUAUUUUACGACCAAUGUUUUAUGAUUUUAAUGAUGAUUUAGAAUGUUAUCAAUCUGAAGAUCAAUAUAUGUUUGGAACAGAUUAUUUAGUUGCUCCUGUUUAUACAUAUCAAGCAACAUCACGUUCAGUUUAUUUACCUAAAAUUGAUCAAUACAAUUCAGUUUGGCAACAUUAUUAUACAAAAAAAUUUUAUCAAGGUGGACAACGUUAUAAUAUUUCGACUACUUUAAAUGAUUUCCCUCUUUUUCAAAAAAUUCAAUCGAUUUGGAAUUGUUAA